AAAACUUGCGUCUUCCUGCUUCCGCCUCCUCCUACCUUUCCUGCCGCCGCUUUUCCCGCACCCUCCUCUCCUCUAGUUCCCUCUGGGUAUGUUUCGCGGGCCGGCCCCUAGGUGUUGGACCGUAGUGAAAUUAGGGCUUGUGCGCGACCUCUCGAUUUCUUUACAGUUGUAGAAACUCGGUGCAUCCUACCCAGUUAGCGAAUUGCUUUUGCGGAUCACUACCUGGAGGCUGUCACUGCUCCAAUCCCGAAAAGCUUGGCCAUCCAUCGUCUGGAGCUCUCGAGACUGGCGCGUGGCUUCCGCGCUUCUCCCCUCGGGGCUCGUUUCGUGUACUUUCCAGGGGCUGGUGAUGGGAUGCGCCGCUUCCCGCGCUCAUCCCGGCACUCGCUUUAGGAGGAUUGGGGACUUUCGCCUCUAACACUCCCCAAUAGCUUAUAGUCGCCAAGCUACUGACAGACGGACCCUCGCGCCUCCUUUCAGCUGCAGCCAUGGCGACUCCCGACCUAUCUGCGAACCUCCAGGAGGAAGCCACCUGCGCUAUUUGCCUGGAUUAUUUCACAGAUCCGGUGAUGACCGACUGCGGCCACAACUUCUGCCGUGAGUGCAUUAGCCGCUGCUGGGGACAGACUGAGGGCCCAUUCCCGUGCCCUGAGUGCAGGGAGAUGUCACCGCAGAGGAACCUGCGGCCCAACCGACCGCUGGCCAAGAUGGCCGAGAUGGCCCGGCAGCUGCACCCUCCGUCGCCUGUGCCCCAGGGCUUGUGCGGCAGGCACCGGGAGCCUCUGAAGCUCUUCUGCGAAGAUGAUCAGGCCCUCCUAUGCCUUAUGUGCGAGCGCUCCCGUGACCACUGGACCCACCGGGUGUCACAGAUCGAGGAAGCUGCAGAGGACUACAAGGACAAAUUGGAGAAAUCGCUGGAGCACCUGAGGAAGCAAAUGGAGGAAGCUCUACAGUUCCAGACCCAGGGAGAGGAGACCUGUACUAUUUGGCAGAAAAUGGUGGAGAGUCAGAAACAGAAUGUGACAGCUGAGUUUGAUAAACUGCGCCGCUUCUUGGCUGAGGAGGAACAGAGGCUUCUGCAGAAGCUGGAGGAGGAAGAGAGUGAGACACUGCCUAGGCUCAGGGAGAAUAAGGCUAUACUGAUUCAGCAGAGCCAUUCCUUGGGAGAACUGAUAGUAGAGUUAGAAGAGAGAUGCCAGCGACCUGCCUUGGGCUUGUUGCAGAAGUACAGAGCACAACCCAACCAUACCUUCUCCUAUGCAACUAUUGUCCAUACCCAUCAUAACCUCAGUGUGCUGGAUGUCAGAGAUGUACUUCAUAGGAGUCAGGAUGUGAAGUUGCAGCUACCAGAAGUCGUUUCCAUGGAGCUGAGGACUGUGUGCAGGGUUCCUGGGCUGGUGGAGAUGCUGAGAAGAUUUCGAGGAGAUGUGACUCUGGAUCCAGAUACAGCAAAUCCUGAAUUGGUCCUCUCUGAAGACAGACGAAGUGUGAGACGGGGGGACAUACGACAAGCUUUGCCUGACAGCCAGGAGAGAUUUGAUCCUGGUCCUUGUGUGCUUGGUCGUGAAGGCUUCACUUCUGGGAGACACUAUUGGGAGGUGGAGGUUGGGGAUCGGGUUAAUUGGGCUCUGGGAGUUUGUAAAGAAAAUGUGAACAGAAAGGAGACUGGGGAAUUGUCCACUGGCAAUGGAUUCUGGAUCCUGGUAUUCUUUGGAAACUAUUACUAUUCUCCUGACCGGACCUUCAUUCCACUCAGAGAGGCUCCCCGGCGAGUGGGGAUUUUUCUGGAUCACGAGGCUGGACAUAUCUCAUUUUAUAGUGUAACUGAUGGAUCCCUGUUAUUCAUGUUCUCUCAGGUAGCCUUCUCUGGGACACUCAGGCCCCUGUUCUCCCCCUUAUCCUGUAGCCCAGUUCCUAUGACCAUCUGCCAGAUAAUUGGGGGAACUGGGGAAUCUUUUACCUCCUGAUUCCUCUGACACUUUAGCUCAACCCAUCUUUUGUGAUCAGGAAUUCUUAAAUUGGCUGGGUCCCUCUAAGUCCUAAGGCUGGUCUUGUCUCAGCAAUUCAAAAGGAUGUUGUAGAGAGUAUAAUGAGAUGUUGUUCUAAGCUGGUGAAUAUGGACUUUGAUACCACUGAGAUAAAUAGUUUGGUGGCAAAACAUCAUUAAGCCUUCCACAUUUUUAUGUAUCCUACCCAAUCCUUUGGUUUCUCAACCCAAGUGGUAUGACAGAAAAAUUUUUGAACUGAGUCAUGCAAUUGAGAUUCUGAUUCUUCUACAAGGUCACUGUGAUGUUGGCAAAUCAUUUCAUCUCUGGAUCUUGUGAUGAAACACUCAAACCAGAUAAUGUCUGAGUUCCUCAACUUCUGUAAUGUUUUCAUUUUCAUACUAUGUAUCAAAAGUGCUAUCCAGAUGCAGAGAAAUCAUGAAGGUUUUAAUAAGAGCAUCAGCAUGGUUAGGGCCUAUCUGUUAGACCCAGUAAUGCUACAAGAAUGCCAGGGGUCCUUAAGUUUACUAAAUUAGAUCUGUCUGCAGAGAAGGAAAAGCCAAGGUAGCUAAGUUAUGCAGAUUUAGACCUAGAGACUGGGUGCCCACCACUUAAAACUCAGCUUUGACAUAAAUAUGUUAUCUCUUUGGCUAACUACUCUGGUACUCUGUUUUCUCACAUAUAAGAUAGUAAGCAUUGGCUUAUUUCAAAGGGCACUUUUUGCUCCAAGUAAUUCUUCCUGAAUAAUCAAGAUAGGAUAUAGGGCAAAAAGUUGUCUUCAGUAAAGAUAAUAGCUAUUUACUAUAUAGCUAAUUACUUUUUAUCUAAAUGCCAUAUGAAAGACAUUUAUAUGGGGAAUAAGCAUUUAUAUAGUGACUACUUUGUGCCAGGCACCGUAGUAUGCACUUUACAAAUAUCUAAUUUGAUCCUCAUAACAAUCUUGAGAUGUAGCUAGUAUUAUCUCCAUUUUACACUUGAGUAAAUUGAGGCAGCUAGUAAGCAUUGGAGGCUAGAUUUGAACUCAGGUCUUCUGAUUCUUGGCCCAGCACUAUCUAUUAUGCCACCUAGCUGCUGUUAUUCAAUUUGACCCUAUGAGGCAGGUAGUGUAAAAAGUAAGGAUGCUAUCUCAGACUUUAAAGGUAUCAAACUAAAUAUUUGGUGUUAGAAUUGGAACUUGAAUCAAGGUUAUCUGAAUUUUUAAAAAUAUUCUUUUUUUACUCUACCAUGUCUAAAGGCAUGUUAAAGAUCGAAGUCUCAGAUUAUGCUUGGGUUGAACAUAGAUGUCACCAAAUUCUGGCAGACUUAAAGUAUGACUUGAAGUGUUUUCUUGGUAUGUUCAAGACCAGUAAAAGGAAAUAGCAUUUACAUGAUAUCAACUCAACAAGGGUCAAAGCAGUCUGAUCUUAAUUUUCUUUCUCUAGUGCCUUGUGCCAUGCUCUGUACAUACCAGAUGCUUAAUAUUUUUAAUAAUUUGCAAACAAACUUAUGUAGUUCUGGCAGAAGAACAAUAAGGGCUAGGCAAUCGAGGUUAAGUGAGUGGCCCAAGGUCACAUAGCUAGGAAACCAGAUUUGAACCUGGCCUUCCAACUCCAGGCCUGGCACUCUUUCCACUGUGCUAACUAGCUACCCCCCUCUAAAAGGAUUUUGUUGUUUUUCAGUUGUGUCCAACUCUGUGACCCCAUUUGGAGUUUUCUUGGCAAAGACAUUGGGAUGGUUUGCCAUUUCUAGUUCGUUUUGCAAAAGAAGCAGCCCAUAAAGGUUAAUAAUGAGUUAGUUGCCCAAGGUGUAGAGUGGAGGAGUCUGAAGCCAGAUUUGGACUUGGGUCAUCCUGAUUCCAGACCUGGCACUAUCAACUGUGCCACUUCAAUGCCCAUUAUGAGAGGUAGUCCAGGCCCCUAGUUUACAAAUGAGGCAAUUGAGGCUCAGGUAUUGUUAUAUAUCCACGGGAAACAAAGAGCAAAGCAGGAAGUGAAUCAAAACUUUUGACUUGGAAGUCUUGUACUUUCUACUGUGCCACAUAUUUUCAGAACUUGAAGCAAUAAUCCAGUUCACCUAGGCAAUUACCAUGCAUAUGAAGUUGGUCUGAACUUCUGAUUUAUCCUUUUGUGAUAUACAUUGUAAAGCCAUGGCAAAGAGGGUGUUGAAUGUUUGAUGUUGUAUACACAGGACCUGCUGUCCAAAGAACCAGGUUCAAGUCCAAAUUCUUCCACUAUUCAGUAAUCUUGGACAGACCUUGGUUUCCUCAACUGUAAAGUGAGAGUUGGACUAAUCAGUGUUUGCUCAGUCUAUACCAUGGACUGAUAAAAUACCUAAUUCUUUGCUGCACAUUCAAAAUUCUGUAGGUGUACCACAAGUAUUUCAAGGCUUUGUCCUUGAAUGGGACAGAUUAGAAUAAUUUUAUUUCAGUGUGGUUCCUCCUUAGGUCUUCUUUUGACUUAGUACAUGGUUUUGGGGAAUGUGUGUGGUUUAAAAAAGAAAUUGUCUGCAGCUGGUAUGAUGAUGAGUUUCUUCAAACUUAGCUGGACUGAUCCUUGUCUAUUUAAUGUAGAAUCCAUAACUAAGCCCACACCUUGCCAUAACUCGUACUUUUCAAGCACAACUUUUAAGAAGCCAGAAUCACUUCUUUUACAUAAGACAUUAUAAAGCAGGACUUCAAUGGAGGAUAUGAUAUAUGUAUUUAUUAAGUUCUUCAAUAAAGCAAUGUAAAUCUUUAAAUUUGUCAUUAGCUACAAACUAAGAUAUUUAAAAAUGUCAGAGUGUAGUGUUGUAUAGUUUUUAGGUCAUGGACAUUCACUCCUUAUAUUCAAAAUGUAAAACCCUUGUCCAACAACCAGUGCCUCCACCCUCCAGAGAAAUUGGAUCACCAUUGACAUUUUUUUCUUUUAAAAAAAGUGACCAGAUGUUAAUUAAAAGGGAGAUACUUCAUGGGACA